AAUUAUAAUCAGUCUCCCAAAAAAAAAAAAAGCCUAUAGGGUCACGUUAACCGACUGUAAGCUAGCUCUCUCUUAUUUUAAAUGACCAAUCGCUCGUUUAUAAAGUCCAAAAACAUCAAUAAAUAAGGAAAAUAAAUGCAAAGCACGGAUAAGUCCAAGGGAGAGCCAAUCUAUGGACCAUAAAAGGGAAGCCCACGUCGGGGCAUUUUCCACCCUUCCCUUUCUCUCCUUCUCUCUUGACUCCUGCAGAGAUGGACGGAAACCGGUGACAGGCGGUGGCAAAACAGCGAGUGUUUGUGAGAAGAUAACCAAAGUGGAUCGAAGGCAUGGGAAGAGGCCUCUUUCUGCUACGGUCAAGGAAGAAAAGGAGAAAGAAGCCGAACACAUGUUUUCUCACUACACUUCCUCACGUGCCGACUACGACACCUCAGCCAUGGUCUCUGCCCUAGCUCACGUGAUCGCCGGCGGAUCUUCUGCUGGCGAAGCUCAAAGCCAGGCAACAACUUCGCCGCCGCUGAGGGCAGCGGCAGCAGCAACUAGUGUUGAGUCGAUGGUGAGAGAUCCCAGUCAAAUUGCUGAAGAACAAGAGACCGAGAGAAGAAGGCAGUAUAGAGGAGUAAGACAAAGGCCAUGGGGAAAAUGGGCAGCAGAAAUUAGAGACCCAAAGAAGGCGGCGAGGGUCUGGCUUGGGACUUAUGACACGGCGGAGGGGGCGGCAAUCGCCUACGACGAGGCAGCUCUCCAGUUCAAGGGCACUAAAGCUAAGCUCAACUUCCCUGAGCGAGUUCAAGGCCGGACGGAACUCGGGUUCGUGGUAAGCCGAGAGAUCCCAACGAGGCGGUCGAAGCAAUUAACCACAAUGCAGGCAUCUGUAUAUCCAGAUUUACUACAGUAUGCUCAGCUUCUGCAGAGUGGAGAUGACAACCUUCACAAUGUGGCUUUUGGGCUUUAUGGUGGAGAAUCCUUUAUGUCUGAAUCUUCUUCAAUGAUGGAGGCAUCAUCGUCAAGCAUUUCAUUUACAGGAUCGUCAAUGACAAAUUCUGUAAGGCCUGAAGUGAUGUUGAAUUUUGGAAGCUCAGAUUAUUGUUCUAGUUCUUUGCCGAAGGAUGAUCAAAGUGGCAGGAAGGAUGGCGGGAACCAGUGAGGUACUAGUAAAUUUUUGCAUAAUGCGUGAUGAAUGAGAUGGUGUAUGUAUUGUUAAUUAAUUACUGAGAUGAUGAUGAGUGAUUUUAUUAAGUGUUUAUCAAAUUAAGUAUGAGAGGUAAUUUAAUAUAUAUUGAUAUUCUAUGUUUAACUAUAUAAUAUCAUAUUAUAUAUAGUUUUUCA